AAGUGGAUCUGUGGAGCCUACCUUGCCUUGGGGCAAUUGACGAGUUCCAAUUGACGGCUUGCGAUUUCCAACGCUUCAUAAUACCAACGAGCAAGAUUUAAUUUCGCCCAGCUGCGACAAGAAAAACCACGCCUUAAUACCACGACCCCAAACUCCCUAACCAUCAUAGCGAACAAGAAAUAGCUUUAGGGCUGGCGGAAUCCUCGGCCGCAGCUUGCUGGUGAACCUGGGCUUUGUACAUCGCGACCGACACACGCAAGAUCGAGUAAAAGACCUCACCAUGUCGAACCGACAAGCCGCGCUGUCCCUCUACCGACGCUCGUUAAAGCUAGCUCUCGAUUGGGCUGUUCAUCGAAGCUUAUGGCGCGGCCAAGCUCUCUACAUACGCUCCCUCUUCGAAGCAAACCGAAAUAUUACAGAUACUAAAAAACAAAGAGCCUUGCUCAAUGAAACAGAGAAAUUGCUAGAAACUUGGAAGCACCCCGAUCCAUAUUGUCAUCCCACAGCUCCAGGAGGAUCUAAAUACGAGAGAAAUCUGCCGGUACACGUUACUGAUCCUCCGCCGAAUCUUAAAUUCUGAUUCUGAGAUACGUUGGGGGGAAUGGGUGAUGCCGAUCUGUACAUAGAAAUCCUUACCUGUAGAUGUCGGGCGAAGACAGGAAGAUUCCAAUAAUAUCAUGCAUAUCUGACAUCGCAACUGUGACGGAGCAAUGCUGUUUGCAAUUCAGCUGUCAGGCGUUAAUUAAAGAUAUCGUUCCAGACAUACGCACAAAAGCCUCAUUCUCAGUACGUUUUUAACCAACCAAUUGUUCAGGGUCAAAUCACAUAAAAUGCCGAAU